AUGACCACCUUGGGCGACCUCCCGCUAGAGAUCCACAUCCUCCUCCUCCGCCAGGUGCCCGACCUGGGUCUCAAGCUCACGCUGAAGUACUGGUAUGCCCUCUACAACGACUUGUUCUACGACAAGAUCGUCGCCAGCUUCGGCGAGGCCAUCAUCCCCGUCAUCGUCAAGGUGUUGCCGUGGCUCAAAGUGUACAUAAAGAGCAUGGACGCCUUCCGCUUCCAGUGCCGCAAGAUCCUCGCCGACUACCUGGGGCUCGAGGACGUCGACGACCCCGGUACCGCCAACCCCUUCCACUGCUGCUACGUUAAAGACCUGUGGCGCUACGUGUACCUGGUGCUCAAAAACAAGCGUUUAUUUGCUAACCACGAGGACUACAACGUCGACAUUGCCACCAACUACGUCUACCGCCACUUUGUCGAGGUGAACCAGCUGUAUUUGUUGAGCUAUAAGAAAGUGCUUUGGCUCGCCCCAGGAAAAUACAACCUAAACAUUGCCCUCGUGGUCAAACACGGGCUGGGCUUAGGUACCACCAAGUUCCAGAUCCGCUACUUACAGAACGACGGCCUGGGCCAAGGGAGAAUGGUGGAACAAACGUUUUUCCCUCCCAUCAAUAUCAAGGAUAUCCUCCCCAAGAACCAGUUCUGCUUCCUCAAACUUGGCGAAUUCGAGAUUGCCCCCACCAGCAACAACUACGACGCCACCGGUACCUCCAAAUCUAAUAUCCCCGACAACAAGCUCGUGCGGGUGAAGUUUGUCAUGGAGGAGCUGGGGCUCUACCUCAAGCUGGGGUUCCUGGUGUUCUUUAUCGACUUCUCGCAGCCAACGACGUUAUUCAACGACUACGACUUGCUCUACUACCUGGUGGCCGAGACGAAUUAUAAAUUCUUCGUCAAUCUCCCCCUCAAAAACCUUUAUCGUGCCAUCGAGUACGUGCAAAUGGGGUACCACGGCGACCAGCCAGGAGCGAUUGAGGAGGAAAACGAGCACGACGAAGAAGAUGAGAGCCUGUUCCAGCUCCGAGCAGCCCCGGUGGCCGCCGAAGUGAGAGCACGGAUGGGGGGCGGGGCCCCUCCGCGGGACGGUAUCCCCCGGCGAGAGUCGAGUGUGCGCCGCCGCCUGCGGACAAUUCUGGACGCUACGCAGGAUAUCGCGUUCGAAGCGAGGGAGUUCGAGCAGGCGCUGAAGUAUUACGGCCAGGGGGACCCCGGGUUGAUCCCGGGAGAGUACGACUUGGAGUUUUUAAACGACAAGGAGAUCGACGGUGAGCGGGCCGAGAUCCGCAAGGUGACGUCGAACACGCGGCUUUUGCACUCACUGUGGCUGCUGCUGCUGCUCAACAACCUGCUCCACAGCGGCACCCCUCCGCCGGCGCGAGGGGAGUCGAUCGAGGAGUUGGUCGAGCUUGGCCAGGACGUGCACGACUUAUUGAUUAAGUGUAAGCACCUGCCCGGGUUGAUGACGUACGCCAAUUUCUUCUUCAAUAACCGCCACAAGAACCGCUACUUCAAGUUUAAUACCGUGUACCAGUUGCGCCAGUUCAUCAACCGGUUCGGCGACUUUGAGCUCGACUGGCAGGAAGUGACCCAGUCCCCCGUGUCCGAAGUGACCCAGCGCAAGUGUACCUACGACCGCGACGGGCUCAAGUGGAAGAUCCCCACGUUGGGCGAGCUUUGA